UAACAGCACUCUGGGCCGGCCGAGAGACGACUCCAGCGCGAGUUCCUCAAAUGUUUUCCUGCGUUGCCAGGACCGUCCGCUGCUCUGAGUCAUGUGCAAGUGGGAAGUCGCACUGACAAGGAGCCCAGCCAGAGGGAGCCGAGUCGAGUGCGGCGCGGGGCUCGGGGACUAGCCUUGCGUGCUGAGCGCGGGCCCCCCGGGGAUGGGGGCUGCCCUCGGGGCUUGAGCCCGCCCGCCGCCCCGCCCCGGCCGCCCGGCCGCCCGGCCGCCCGCCCGCCUGCCUGGCUGCCUCUCUGGGAUCAUGGGGCAUUAGCUGAGGAGGAAGCAUGCUGGCCGUCCGCUGCGCGCUUCUGACCGCUCUGCUUGCCGCGCCCGGGAUGGCGCUGGCCCCGAGGGGCUGCUCCAAACUGGCAGAGGUGGCGCAAGACGUGCUAACCAGCCUGCCGGGGGCCAGCGUUACCCUGACCUGCCCUGGCGGGGAGCCGGGGGACAACGCCACCAUUCACUGGGUGCUCAGGAAUCAGGUCACAGGCUCCCCCGACGGCCGACCGGCUGGCGUGGGAAGGAGGCUGCUUCUGAAGUCCGUGCAGCUCAGUGACUCUGGAAACUAUUCAUGCUACCAGGACGGGGUCCCAGCUGGAAGUGUGCGCUUGCUGGUGGAUGCUCCCCCCGAGGAGCCACAGCUCUCCUGCUUCCGGAAGAGCCCCCUCAGCAAUGUGGGCUGUGAGUGGAGACCUCGGAGCCCCCCGUCCCCCACCACCAAGGCCGUGUUACUGGUGAGGAAGUUUCAGAACAGUCCCGUGGAAGACUUCCAGGAGCCGUGCCAGUACUCCCUGGAGGCCCAGCGGUUUUUCUGCCAGUUGGCAGUCCCGGAGGGAGACAACUCUUUCCACAUAGUGACCCUAUGCGUCGCCAACAGUGCUGGGAGCCAGUCCAGCACACCCCAAACAUUUGAGGGUUAUGGAAUCUUGCAGCCCGAUCCACCUGUCAACAUCACAGUCUCUGCCGUGGACAGAAACCCCCGCUGGCUCAGUGUCACCUGGCAGGACCCUCCCUCCUGGAACUCCUAUUUCUACAGGCUGCAGUUUGAGCUCCGAUACCGAGCUGAACGGUCGAAGACCUUCACAACAUGGAUGGUCAAGGAGCUCCAGCAUCAUUGCAUCAUCCACGAUGCCUGGAGCGGCAUGCGGCAUGUGGUGCAGCUUCGGGCCCAGGAGGAGUUUGGACACGGCUUGUGGAGUGAGUGGAGCCAGGAGGUCACAGGCAUCCCUUGGACAGAAUCCAGGAGUUCUCCAGCUGAGACCGAGCUGCCCCUCUCCACGCAGGCACCUACCACUAAUGAAGAUGAUGAAGAUAUUUCCUCCAAAGAGUCUGCAAAUGCAACAAGCCUCCCAGUGCAAGAUUCUGCGUCGGUACCAUUGCCCACAUUCCUGGUGGCUGGAGGCAGCCUGGCCUUCGGGACGCUCCUAUGCAUUGGCAUCAUCUUAAGGUUCAAGAAGACGGGGCAGCUGCAGGCUCUGAAAGAAGGCAAGACGAACAUGCACCCGCCGUAUUCCUUGGGACAGCUGGUCCCUGAGCGGCCCAAGUCCACCCCAGUGCUCGUCCCCCUCAUCUCCCCGCCUGUGUCCCCCAACAGCCUGGGGGACAACACCUCGAGGAACAGCCGACCAGAGGCCAGGGGCCCUCAGAGCCCUUAUGAUGUCAGCAACAGAGACUACUUUUUUCCCAGAUAGCCAGCUGGGGGAUGCCUGGCAGCCUGGGGCAUCGGGCCCCCUGGGCUGCGUGGAUGACACGCGGAUGACAAAGCACAAAUUGGCUCUGCAAAAGACGCUUCUCACUGCCAUUCCAGCUCAUCUCAGGUGCGUGGGGCCUCUGGCUUCACCUUGACAGAAGGGCCCCGUGGAAGAUUCUGCGCUGGGUGGGAAAAGCUUGGCUGCAUCUCUUCAGAAGGAGGAGGUGGUGGAGGUUUGGGACCAUGCUUCCUCAGCUGCCCUGUUUACAGGGCUUAGAGUGAGCUCAGGUCCCCGUGAAGAGCACGGUGUCAAGCCUCUACUGGACACUCAUGCGGGCAGAGCCGGGGGGCUGUGGAGGCCUCGGGCCCCCCGGCUUGGUGGGGACAAGUUGCUGGCCGCCCGCACACCCUGAUGUUUCUCCAGGAGCUGCACCCGGAGGCAAGUAGGGUGGAUUUCCAGCCAAAGACCACCCCCCGCACCCCCAGCUGCUUAUCUCCUGGCCCACCACAGAGUUUCAUCUUCUAGCUCAAACUCUUGAAACCCAAGUGCCUUCGCAACUCAGUUUUUUGAGGCCUGAGGCCGGCUCUCCUCAAACUGCCACCGCUGGGGGAAGGUCUCCCCUGCUUUUCUUGCCCACACCUGAACAACAGCUGAGAGGGGGCUGAAUAGUAUCUCAGGGCCUGAGGGUUUGCAAUGGAAUUAUGAUUAGUUCCUUAGCACCAUUUUUCUUUCUUUCCUUUUUUUUUUUUUUAAUUAACUAUUUUUCUAAAUGUGAAUCAUAAUCCGACACACUUGCUGAAUCCAGAAGCAACUGCACUAGCCGGAUUGCCCUUUUUGGAUCCCAGGACUUCAGCAGAGAAGCUAAGAGGAAAGAGGGGGUGAGGACAGGGUCUCCACUUUAUCUAUAAUAGCAUUGCUGAGGGGAUUGCCUCUGCAAAGCAGCAUCCUCCCAACCACCCCCCACCACACACACACCCGCCCACCCUUCCCCCACCCCCCUGCCCUUUCCCCAUUCCCGCCCCCAUCCCCCCCCCAAAAAAAAGGAGAACAGACGUUAGGGAGGUUUCUGCCCCUGGCAAAUCCACACUGCCUUACUCCAGCUUUGUUUAUUUCGUUUUCAACUGAGCCUAAGUAACCAGGGAAGAAAAUAUUUAUGCGAAAAGACCAAAGAACCUGGCAAGAAUGUAUUUUAAUUUGGUUUUUUAAAAACUGCUGACUGGUGGAUCUUCAGAGGGUGGAAGAGGCAGCAUUAGCAGACUGUCAGGGUGCAAAUAACCUGUUGGGGGGGGUGGGAUGGGGGAAAUGCACGAUAAUGUUGCUUACUGCAAAACUGAGUCAAGUAAACAGGAGGAGAAAAAAAGAUUUUCCCCUAUUGGAGAAGAGACUCUGCUUUCCUUCUAAAUUUUGGGUUUGCCUUUAAAAGCAGAAAAGAAAAAAAAAAAAAGCCUGCCUCUUCUUGAAUUUAGCGGAAAAGCAGCUUGUUAUUACUCCUGCAGGCGGUGGAGAAGGAAGGGGUGUCCAGCUCCCUGUCAGGGUUCUGGGAAGCUCGACUCCCACGGAUUACCCAGCAGGUCAGCUGAAAAUCCCCAGCUGUAAAAGCCACGAGCUUAUCAGAGGAGGUUCAUUAAAAAAAAAAAAAAAAAUCCCUAACCUCAAUGCCUUCCUCUUCUCAGUUAGUUCCUUGAAUGUGAUUCCGUUCAGCUAGUAUUGAGGCACCGACUGCGGGUCCAGCCACGACACCUCGCUGACCGCUUCAGCUCAGUUUUCUCUCCAGGCUUUGAAAAUUCAGAGAGAUGAAUGGUUCCUCCGUCAGGUACCCUCAAGUAUCCUGGGAUGUCCCAGAAGGAAGCUGUGAUUAAAAUCAGUCGUGUAACCACCACUCAAAAUGUACCAGACCACAAAGCCUUUCUAGCGGCCCCCCGUCAGCAAAACAACCAGCAGCGCCAGACAGGUGGCAAAAGGAUGGAAACGACCAUGUUUUACGUACUGUUUGCCAGGUUCAACCUGUGACCGACCUUGGGCUCACAGAGCGAUGUUCAUGGCUGGCUUUGGCUUUAAAUAUCAGACCCUUAAGUUGACAAAAGUGAGGCAGGUGGUUUUUAUUUUGUUUUUCGCUGAAGUUUCCUUGCUUGAGAAUAGCAAAAAUGCUGUUUAAGGGAAAUGUGGAAAAUGAGACUCUGCCUGAGAAAGGGUGGUUCCGUACCCACGGUUCUUUAACUCUUGACAAAGUUUUACCCACGUGUAAAUAUUACCAGAGCCGGGCAGAGCGGUGCUAGUGGAAGAUGUAAAUCCAGAUAACUCACGACUGCUGAGAGCUAGGCAGCUUUGAUCUCCAAAUUGUUAUUGCUUUCAUUAUUAUUGGAACGGAACUGCCUUUUUUUUUUUUUUUUUUUUUUUACAUUGAAGAGGGGUUUUUUUCCCUUUAUUUUUUUUUUAAUAAGCUAGUAUAGAUGAAGGAAAAAUAUUUGUCUUCUCCGGGUUGUAGGCCUUGCUCAGUGUACACAGGUCCACACCCUAAGCUUUCCCUGUCCUUGAAUCUGGUCAGUGAAUGUGGGUUUCAGUCCACAGGUCCUUCUAACUUGUGUUUCUGUAGCGCACGUGCUGUCUUUUAUCCUCAACAGUGAUGCAGCUCGGCCAAUAAUACCUGCAGCUAUCUGCCACUCAGCCUGAUGUGAAAUGUUACAAUUAACUCAGUGACAAUUUUUGUGAAAGAUGGGCAACUUAUCCUGCUGGGUGGGAAAAGUUGAAACUAUGCUCAUUCAAAAUUUCGAAGGGGUAUUAAUUCUUGUAGCAUUAAUGGGAAAAACAAUUUUUUUUUAACUGUCAAGGAGGUAGCAUUGAUUGUGUCUACAAAGCCUUUGGUAUCUCUGAGUGCUCCUUGCCCUUGAGGCUCUGGGUUCAACUGAGUCUCUGCCAUUUCCCCCGCUGGCCCCGAAGGGUGGAGGGUGAGAUGGGGUGCGGGGUUGGGGGAAGGCAACGCCAUUACCAGGCAUGGAAUCUGUUGCCGGAACAGGUUGGGAGCCUACCUAGGGGUGACCAGAGCGCAAGGGGGCAGGCUGGGAGUGGUCAUGGGUUUGCGGGUUUCCCGCAGAAUGUUCAGGAAUGUCUUGCCCAGCUGCUUUGGUGCUGUACUAUGUCACCUCACUGAAGGCGUGUCAGAUUGACCCAGCUGGGGAGGAGUCUGACACCAGCCCCAGGUGUUGGUGAGACAUUAUUUAUCUUAACUUGGAGAAGCAGGGGCAACUGAUGGUCCUUCAGAACAUAAGCCUGGAUCCCAGCCUGUCUUUGCAGCAGUUGGCAGUGGGGCUGUGGCUGGAAGGGAGGCCAACUGGCUCAGCUUCUGUGCCAGACACUCCUGAGCGUCCCCUAAAGGUCCUUCCAGCAUCAGGUCCUUGCUGUAGCCUGGCCCCAGUGCCAGUUUCUAUGGCAACCUUCGUGAUUAUUAAAGAACACUGUCAGUUGUAUGAAAAUGUGCUCAAAUGAAGAGCUGCUUCAGAAGGCAGGGAUUGGAACCGCGUGUAGCAAGGCCGUUAAUUCAUAGAGAAACCACAUUCAGAAGGAGAUCACGCAUCUGUUAAAUAGAAUACCUCAACUUUAUAUUUUUUGGAGAGAAAUAAUAGUUAUAAGUGUUGUCUUUAUUUUUUUACCUAAUUACCUGAAAGCAUAUACCAAAGGCUGAUGUCUGUAUAUUGGGCAAAGGGUCAGUAUGAUGUUUUUCAGUGAUUUGUUUUCUUUUUACCAGCUAUUUUGCAUUUAAAGUGAAAAUUGUAAAUGUUUGAAAUAAAUGAGUUCUAAAAA